AUGAAGAAGCCCGCCUCCAUUUCAGCUGGGAAGUCGAUGAAAGCAAUGAAGGCGAUGAAGGCCAUGAAGGUCAUGAAGGCCAGCAAGGCGAUGAAAGCCAUGAAGGUCGCGAAGGCCAGCAAGGCCAUGAAGGCUCCGGCGGCGAAAGCGAUGAAGGCGAAGGCCAUGAAGGGGACAGCGAUGAAGGCCAUGAAGACGAAGCCGAUGAUCCCUGCCGGAAAGAAGGCUAAAGUGCCCAACUGGUGUGUGACUCCCUUCUAUGCAGCGAACAACUGUGUGGAGGUGUCGCAGCUGGAUGGCAUGCGCUUUGUCAUGACGCAGUCGAUACAUGUUGAGUGCACCAUCAGCCAAGUGUUGGAGCACAUGUCUGGUUGCGAUCGUGAGCAUGUGUACGAGCCGAUAGGGAUCGCCGUGUGCUGCUCGAAGAGGCCGAUCGAGAAGAAAGAUGAUGUCAAGAAGAAGGACGAUGACCGGCACGAUGUGAGCAGCAGCGGUGACGAAAGCAGUGGUGACAAUACAGAUACAAGCAGCUCACACUGGGGGCCCUGGUGA